AUGUUAAAAGAUUUUACUACUCUGGUAUUAGCAAAGCUAAGGGCUGACCUAGAUAUCGCUAAGCGGUUCGACAAGCGGGUCGACAAGCGGACCAAAGACAUCCAGCUUUUCGAGCGCGGCUUCUGGCAGCUAGAUUGCACGGGCUGGGACAACCAGCUCCGGUUCGAGGCGUGGGCUUACAUCACCAAUUACGUUGCUAGCGGGAUGGGAGAUUGGGGCUUUUGGGCAGUACGGGACGAGGAAUUUCCUCGGAUUCGGGUUUAUUGUUGGGGCCAGACCGUGCCUCAUGCCUAUUUGUUGCUGUACCUCGCCAGCCAGCGGGAGAUCUUGUUCACGGGGGCGUCUUGGUAUGAUGGUGGAGGACAGGAGGCGAUUGUCAUGAAGACAAGUCUGGGUGAUUGA